AUGUUUGACUGUUGUUCCUUAUGUGAAAUACAUAAGGGAGAGAUUAAAAAGGGAUUAUUUUUAUUUCCUGCUGAAUUCUAACGAUAAUACCAGAAUUUUUACAUCUCAUAAAUUGUGUAGAAAUUAAUUGCUUUGAAUAAUAAGAACUAAUCAAUUCAUUAAGAUAGCUUAGUUGUUGUUAUAGACAAUAAAUUAGUUAUCUGUGAAUUGUGUUGGUAACUAAUGUAAUAUGGAUUUACAUGUCAAAAAUGUAAGACUCUAAAUUUUAUAUAAAAUGAGAAUUAGAAGUAGUGUCAAUUUUGUAAUACUAAUUUAUGCAUUCAUUGUGGAAAAUAAUUAGAUCUCUUUACAAACAAUCAAUCUUAAUGUUAUUCAUGUUAAAGAUAAGAAAUAAUUUCAUACAAUAUUGCAUUCAUUGUGAUGAUAAUAGUUAUUGGACUCUUUCUACCUUAUUUGGCUUUAACCUUUCUUAUAACAAAAUUCUUUGAUCCCAUUUAUUAAUACAAUUUUUGUAAGAAAAGUUUUUUAAGAACAUUAUUUUUAUUUGUGAUUUUAUUUCCAAUAAUGUUUCCAUAUGCUCUAAUUGAACUUAUUUUUGCUGGUUUUAAAGCAAUAAUAAAAAAUUUAAGAUGA